CGCCCCUCACAUCGGUGCCAACUUUGGUCGUGUAUCAUGUUGCGGGUUGUUCCGUAGCUGCUCGUCACCAACACCUUUGAGCAGGUCGUCCCCAGACGGUCAGAAUGAACAAUAUCGACGGCUCAGAUCGUCACUUGAAGACGGAAGAAGCACCACCGCCGUCUCUGCUCGCGAUUGUACUUGACACAAACCCUCACGCUUGGGCACAUCUCUCAUCGACGCUGUCCCUUUCAGCGGCCCUAGCCAACAUCCUCAUAUUCAUCAAUGCACACCUGGCGUCCGGCAAUGCGAACGAAGUAGCAGUCAUAGCCUCGCACUCGCACAAGACGAGCUUCCUGUAUCCGACCAAGACACCCUCACAACCCCAACAGAAUGGCAAAACGAACGGUGACGUCGAUAUGAUCGGCGAUAGAGCUGGGAGAUCACACAAAGAGAGCCCUAACAAAUACCGCCCCUUUGCCGUUGUGGAGAGCACUAUCCUGCAAAACUUCGCAAAGCUGUUAGAUGAGACAAGUGAGAAGCAUCUUGCAGCGACACCAACUACACUCAUUGGUGGCGCGUUGUCACUAGCCCUCACAUAUAUCUCGAAGUCGACUCUUCUGCAUGCGCCUGUCACCUCCGGCACUGAGAACUCUAUGGCUGCCCUUGCGGACGCUGAAAAUGUUCACGUCGAUCGCGUGCCCCUCACGUCUCGCAUUCUCAUCGUCUCGGUAUCUGGAGAUCUCGCUAAUCAAUACAUCCCGGUCAUGAACUCGAUCUUCGCCGCACAACGGAAGAAGAUCCCAAUCGACAUCCUGAAGCUCGCUGGCGAUACAGUUUUGUUGCAGCAGGCGAGUGAUGCAACAGGCGGUGUAUACAUGAAGCCAGACCGACCGGAAGGACUGCUACAAUACCUGAUGAUGGCGUUCUUACCAGACGCAACAGCACGUGCAAGCCUGGUAGUUCCAAGUGCAGGUGGUGUCGAUUUCCGCGCAGCUUGUUUCUGUCACAGAAAUGUGGUAGACAUUGGCUACGUUUGCAGCGUGUGCCUGAGUAUCUUCUGCAACCCUAACCUGCCAGACAACUUAUGCCUCACUUGCGGGUCUUAUCUCUCAUUGCGCGCCGCUCUAACCAAUCCGCCUGCUCUCAUUCCCAAGAAGAAGAAGAAGAAGAGAAAAGCAGGGACUGACACUGCAACGCCAGGUGGAAGCACACCUGCUGGGUCAAAUACACCCUUGCACCCUUGAAGACGGGAAUUGCUUUCUAGCAUCAUACCCACGUUCAACUAAAAGCAUUGCUUGCACUAUUUCAUUCCCCUCCGUCGUAGGUCGAAGUCUAGGCGUUGUGGCAGGUCCGCCUGCGUACCUCGCACCACGAACGGUAUUCGCGGGCGUUGAUGCAGUACGAACAUGCUCCGUUGUAGAAUCAUCUAGAGUCGCGCUGUCUUCACCACGCCCGCGCAAGAACACAUGGACCUUAUAUGAAGGAAGGAGCGUCGACCUCGAUUUAAUGUCGAACAGCGCUGCACCCGGGAACAACCUCACUUUCUUCCGGUGAUCAUUGUAGUGGUGCUCGACAUCGCUGCUUUGAAAGCAGUCACAACACGAGCAAAGUGCUCAUUCCAGGUUUGGGUACUGCAGGGCGUAAGGUUUGCACGAUGGAAUAUUCACCAAAGCAUCCACAU